AUGGCCGCAGCCACUGCCACGGUCACCUUCUCGCCGUCUCCCCCAUCCUUCCUCAACUCCCACCUCCGUCGUGGCCACCGGCCUGCCUCCACCACGACGAUAACUUUUUUCGCACGCCGUUUCCGCGGUGUAAAACCUAGCCCCAACCGCUCCCGAGGCAAGUCCGCCCCGGUCGCCCACCCCGACGAUGGAUUCGGCGCACUCGAAGCGGAGCUCUGGCGCCUCCGCCGCCUCGUGGAGCUGCAGAUCCACCGCUUCGGCACCGAGGCCGACGCCGCCUACCGCGACCUACGCUCGGCGGUGCGCGAGGUCAGCGGGGACCGCGUGGUCCUAACCUUCCGCCGCUCGUCGCUGCGCUACUUCGCCGGAGCGCUCCUCUUCUUGCUCGCCUGCGCCGUCGCAGCGCGAGUGCUUCUGGGGAUGGUCUUACGGGCUUGGUGGCGGCGAUGGUUGGGGAGGGGAUUGUGGGGUGGAGGUGAAGGCGGCAGGGCGGUUGUGCGAAGGAGGGACCGCAGCCUGGGAGGGAAAGAGGUGGUGGUUGCUGUGUCGUCGUCGCCUAUGGAGGCAGCUCGGAUCAGUCGUGUCCCAGAACCAGCAAAGGAGGUCUGGAGGAGGUACUCACAAGCGAAGUUGCCAGACUGGUGGCCGAAGGUUGGAACAACGGUGAUGAAAUCUGGACCAGAGAUGGAGAAGUGGGCAAGAAUGGCAAACAGAUUGGUCCGAGGUGAAUGCCUGUAA